AUGGCAAAGAAGAUUGAAAAUGCCUUUGCAACAGGCUAUAGCUCACAAGAGCGCGUCGCUCUCGGUCGCAUCUCGUACGGUACGGAACCAGAAAAGAUACAGGAGAUUGUGGAGAGAGAAUAUUGGGUUCCACGAGCUGAGCAGGAGGAAAUCGAUAAUAUUGUGAAUGGGAAAGCAAGAGGACGGUAUUAUCUCGUGAUUGGAGAACGAGGUACGGGCAAGAGAGCGCUGCUCCUGCAAGCUAUGCGGAAGGUCAAUGGCGAUGGUAUUGCUAUGUUAGAAGCACACAACGACCUAGAAGUCUUCCGCACGCGGCUAGGAAAAGCCAUAGACUACGAGUUCCAUGAAGAUUAUAUCGGAGGGCUAUUCAGCAUCAGAGGUCCAAGAGACAGCUCGCCACUACUAGACAUCGAAAGAGCGCUCAAUCAAAUGGAAAAGGUAGCCCUGCGACUACGAAAACGACGCGGCAAACCUCUCCUCAUGAUCAUCAACAACAUCCACCUCUUCAAAGACGACGAAGCCGGAAAACACCUCCUAGAAAUCCUCCAGCAGCGAGCAGAAAUCUGGGCCGGCAACGAGCUCGUCACCACAGUCUUUACCUCUGACGAAUUCUGGACCCUAGAACGCCUCACCCCACACGCCACGGACAUGCACGUCCUGAACAUCCGCGACGUCCGCAAAGACGUCGUCACAAAAGCACUGAAACAGUACCGCGCUCGCUACCACAACGAAGACGUGCCGCAGAAUAUCCUAGACCACGUCUUUGCUCAAGUCGGCGGCCGCCUGAUUUUCCUAAACCAAGUCGCUAAAUCACGCGAUAUGCUGGAUACGUGCGAGCAAAUCAACAGGAGAGAGAAAUCUUGGUUUUUGAAUAACUGCUGGAUAUUAGGUGAUUCCAUGGAUGACGACGUGGAGGAACAGCAGAAAUACUGCGCUGCUGCCAUCAUCCUCGCCCGCGCUCUUGUCCUCCGAGAAAAACCCUUACCCCCAUCUCCAUCCCCCUCUUCUUCCCCCCAACAAUUCUCCCUCCCCCAAAUCCCCCUCCAUGAAGCCCGCCAGAUUAUAACACGCGCGGAUUUCAUCCACCUCUUCGACCACAUCAACGUCUUCCACAUUGAUGCGCACGGCAUGGUGCGCGCAGACUCGGUGCCUAUGCAAAACGCGUUUCGCGAUGUGGUGCUGCAACCGGGGUUCGAGCAGCAUUUGAUGGCGACGCUGAAUCGGUUGGAUGAGCUGGAGAGUUUGGCGAGGACGAGGGAGGUUGCGGUUAGAGAGGCGCCGGGGAGGAGCGGGGGCGUGGUGCCUGUGCAGGAGUUUUGUGCGAAGCUUUGA